AUGGUGACACCACGAAGAAGUGGGAUGAGCCCACAUUUGAUUGGCUGCUUACAGGAUCUUAAGAGCUGGGAGCGCGCAGGUUACGUGGACGACUGGGCAAACGUUACAGAACCACUAGAACCUCAUUCGCCGAUUGCGAUAGAGGACUUGGAGCUCGAUAUCACGAUUCUAGCCCUCUCCGGCCUUUUUCGACAGAGUGCUGAGUAUUUCAUGACGAUGUUACAAACAAAUCAGCUCAAUUUACUGCCAGGUACAGCUUUGCAAGUGGUACAAUGGCUAGCAUUUGCGUUUUCAGCAAUUUCCACCUUGGCAGUCUCGAACAUGCUGAGUAGUCAGGGCAUAGGAGGAAGUGCGGCCAAAAGCGUAUCAACAUCAGCGGCUGGCGGUGCACCUCCACCGCCACCUCCCAUGUAA